AUUCUCUCAUCCAAGCUGGAGAACUAAACCAAACAUGCCCUGGUCCGCCGCGCUCCCUCAGGCGAUGUUCGCCCACCCCCUAGUAUCCGUCGUGACGCCCAUCGCGACGGGUUCUCUAGUCGGGUACCAUACCAACCGCAAAGGUCGCACCAAACAAGUCUACCAUUCUCUCAAAAAACCCCCUCUCUACCCCCCAACCUGGGCCUUCCCGGUCGUCUGGACCGUCCUCUACGGCAUGAUGGGCUUCGCAAUCCACCACGCAACAGUAUCAGGAACCAUAGCCACCGCAUACCCACCUUCCUCAUCAUCAUCUAUUGUCCAAGACUGGGCCGUCAAGUCUCAGACCCUAUACAUUUCCCAGCUGGCGUUGAAUCACCUCUGGAUGCCGCUGUUCUUCAUGUUCCGGAAGCCGGCGUGGGCGUUGGCGGAUCUGCUGCUUCUGAGCGGGAAUGUGGCGACGUUGAUGCAUAUCUGGUGGAAGCAUGACCGGGUGGCGUUCUGGUUGAUGACGCCGUAUGCGGCUUGGUUGGGGGUUGCGACGUAUUUGAAUGCUGGGGUGGGGUACUUGAAUAAGUGGGUAAUUGGGGAUGGAAGGAAAGAGGAGUGAUUUUGUUUGUUGGUCUACUAUAUGUAUGCGUGUAUACAUGGAUUAUCUGGCGUCGAUCAAAUUUGAUUUGAAUAUGUAAGAUAUCUGUUGAUUUGGGGAAAUAGGACUAUUGAUUCAUACUCAAUCUGAUUGAAUUACGGGAAUGUUCUCAGCUUCUUGCAGGUAGCGAAAAGGUCAUUGAUAGCGCAGACGGAGUACCAGUUCUUUGUGUCUGUCUGCAUACAAUCUGCGAUAUAGUAAUAGUAAUAUGGCCGUGGGCUAUGAAAACAGCAAUGCCAUAUCUGUCUCGAUCUCUCACGGAGUGCACAAAAGCAUAAUCCCAGUCAAUUAUGUAAGGUUCCUUCUAUAAGCACUCGGUACGGUUUUAGAGUGAUUUCCCACAGCAAUUACCAUUUCCCAGCUGCGGAUCAACUCAACCAAAUUCCAUUCCUUCAAUUUGGAAAACACAUCCCUAC